CACCAGAGCCAAACCGCAGAGAGACACGCGCAUAUCAGCACAACCGGAGCAGUUUUUCAAUGAAUGACCCAGCAGCAGCAACAUGCGCUUCACAGCCACGCCUGCCUUGAACAACACCGCAAACUAGGAUACAAGGUCCCCUGGUGGGCUGGUCUUGCAUCACCUCCUUUUUUUCUUCUCAUCCUCUGAAUUCCGAAGCCCUUUGAGGAGCGAGGCCAUGGCACUGUUUUCCUCUCCCACCCUCCUCCUGUCUAUCGUCCUCUUCCUUUCUCUGCCUCUAUCCUGUUCUCCUGAAUCCCAGCGGGAAGAACCGUCUCUCCAGCCCUCCAUCGCUCCAGAAGCUCCAUCAGAACUUUACAGUAACCUGACCGAUGACGGCGACAGCGUUACUCCGAACAAACCGUGCUCCGACCCGGUGGAAUGCAAUCCCGGAAUCAUCCUGCCCGUGUGGAAGCCCAUCAAUCCCAGUCUGGGAGAGCAGAUCGUCCGGGCCGUCGUGUAUUUCGUCUCUCUCAUGUACAUGUUUCUGGGAGUGUCCAUCAUCGCUGAUAGGUUCAUGGCAUCUAUAGAGGUCAUCACGUCACAGGAAAAAGAGGUGACCAUCACCAUGCCAAAUGGAGAAACGUCAGUGGCCACUGUCAGAAUCUGGAACGAAACCGUGUCCAAUUUGACCCUGAUGGCACUGGGAUCAUCCGCCCCUGAAAUCCUCCUGUCGGUCAUUGAGGUGUGUGGUCAUGGGUUUGAGUCCGGUGAGCUGGGUCCAGGCACCAUCGUGGGCAGCGCUGCCUUUAAUAUGUUUGUGAUCAUUGGAAUCUGUGUGUGGGUGAUUCCUGACGGCGAGGUGAGGAAGAUCAAACAUCUGAGAGUCUUCUUCAUCACCGCCUUCUGGAGUAUCUUUGCUUACAUCUGGCUCUACCUGAUCCUGUCCGUCAUCUCACCUGGAGUCGUGGAGGUAUGGGAAGCUCUGGUCACUCUCUGCUAUUUCCCCGUUUGUGUGAUUCUGGCCUGGAUCGCUGACCGGCGCCUCCUUUUCUACAAGUACAUGUCCAAGCGCUACCGUGCUGACAAAAGGACAGGGGUUGUUGUGGAGACCGAGGGGGACAUGACUCCCAAAGGUAUGGAGAUGAUGAUGGACGGCAAGUUUCCACUGAGGGGCGGAGCCGUAGGGAUCGGCACACAGGAACAUUGCCAGGAUGGAACCGGCAACACAACGGGCACCAUGGCAACUCUACCCAACUCCAACAGCACGACCGUUUACAUGGACGGUGCCAAGGACCUGGACGAGAGCCGUAAAGAAGUGAUCCGUAUCCUGAAGGACCUGAAGCAGAAAUAUCCAGAUAAAGAGCUGGAUCAGCUGGUGGAAUUGGCCAACUACUACGCCCUCCUCCAUCAGCAGAAAAGUCGUGCCUUUUACCGUGUCCAGGCCACACGCAUGAUGAUUGGGGCCGGUAAUGUGCUGAAGAAACAUGCAGCAGAUCACGCUCGCCGUGCUGUUGUGGUGGACUGCGAUGAGGCUUUGGAGGAGGAUGACCUGGCCGUCUGCAGCCGUAUCUCCUUCGAGAGCGCACACAGCCAAUGUAUGGAGAACUGUGGCACCAUCAUGAUACCCGUGGUGUGUCGAGGAGGCCUGGGGGAGAGCACUUUCUAUGUUGACUACUGUACGGAAGACGGCACGGCCAAUGCCGGCUCAGAUUAUAAGUACUGCGAUGGAACUCUGGUGUUCAAACCAGGAGAAACCAGGAAAGAAAUUAAGGUGGGCAUCAUCGACGAUGACAUCUUUGAGGAAGACGAACAUUUCUUUGUGCGUUUGCUCAACCUGCGUGUCGGUGAUGCGGAAGGUAUGUUUGAGAGUGACGAUGCGGAUCAGGCUCCCAAGGCCCGGCUGGUGGAACCGCUGAUGGCCACGGUCACCAUCCUGGACGACGACCACGCGGGGAUCUUCAAUUUCACGGACCGCCUGGUGCGAGUGAGCGAGAGCGUGGGAACCAUGGAGGUAACAGUGGUCCGGAACUCCGGCGCUCGCGGAACCGUGAUCAUUCCAUACCACACGGAGCCUGGGACGGCCCAAGGGGGAGGGGUCGACUACGAGGACACACACGGAGAGCUGGAAUUCACCAACGACCAGACAACUCAGACCCUUCUGGUGAGGAUCACUGAUGAUGAGGAGUACGAGAAACAUGAGAAUUUCUUCAUCGUUCUUGAGGAACCGCGCUGGCUGAAGAGAGGAAUCUCAGCCCUGCUGCUGAACCAAGAGGAUCCGGAGGGGCAGUUGAGUGUGGAGGAGGAGGAGGCCAGGAGGAUAUCGGAGAUGGGGAAACCUGUUCUGGGGGAGCACAGCCGGCUGGAGGUGGUGAUCGAGGAGUCCUAUGAAUUUAAGAGCACCGUUGAUAAACUGAUCAAGAAGACUAACCUGGCGCUGGUGAUCGGCACUCACUCCUGGCGAGAGCAGUUCGUGGAGGCCGUGACCGUCAGCGCAGGUGAUGGAGAUGAAGAUGAAGAAGAGGGUCGAGAGGAGCGUCUCCCGUCCUGCUACGAUUACUUCAUGCACUUCCUGACGGUGUUCUGGAAGGUUCUGUUCGCGUUCGUUCCGCCCACGGAGUACUGGAACGGCUGGGCCUGCUUUGUGGUGUCCAUCAUUGUAAUCGGCCUCCUCACUGCCGUCAUCGGAGACCUGGCGUCACACUUCGGCUGCACCGUGGGCCUCCGGGACACCGUCACCGCAGUGGUGUUCGUCGCUCUGGGCACUUCUAUCCCAGACACAUUUGCCAGUAAAGUCGCCGCUACUCAGGAUCAGUAUGCAGACGCCUCCGUGGGAAACGUCACGGGCAGCAACGCGGUCAACGUGUUUCUGGGCAUCGGUGUGGCCUGGUCCGUGGCGGCCGUGUACUGGGCCAUCCAGGGCAAGCGCUUUUACGUGGAUCCCGGCUCGCUGGCCUUCUCCGUCACCCUCUUCACUGUUUUUGCCUUCAUCUGCAUGGGGGUGCUGCUGUUCCGGCGCCGGCCGUCUAUCGGCGGAGAGCUGGGCGGCCCUCGGGUCUCACGCCUGCUCACUACGCUCCUCUUUCUGGGUCUGUGGUUCCUCUACAUCCUCUUCUCCAGCCUUGAGGCCUACUGCCAUAUCGAGGGCUUCUGAACGGGGAGAAAACACUUGUUACGACACACACUUAUAUCUACAAACAGGCUUGAUAAACUACAUACAUCAACACAAGUUUGCACACACACUUACAAAACACUUAUGAAUCGCUGAAUGCACUAAUGCAAAUCAUUCAACUUAGAUGAGGCCUGGAAGAGGAUCUGAGGUGAAAGAGAAAAAGAGAUGGAUGAUGCUGGAGAGAGACGAAAGAUGAGGAGUUUAUGAAAAAGGAGGCAAAGCAUGUAGCAAAAGAGGGCAAAGAUGAUGUUAAGGUGAUGCUUUAAAUGAUGUAAAGCGAUGCUGUAAAAUAGUCACACUUCUAUCUUGUCGUCUCUCAAGCUCAAAGGCAGAACUGACGACUUUUGUCUCGCACUGCAGACGUUGUCACGUAACAGGUCUUUUUAUGGUUCAAGGGCACAAUAAGUCUGAGUAAAGAUAAAAGGUGUCUUCAGAACUGUAGUGACGGCAUUUUAGAUGCUAAUAGAAAUGUACCAGCAAUCGGGCUGCUUAACAGAUCAGCAGUUUCGCUUGCAAGGUGCAGCAUUCUGUACUAAAGCAAUCAUUUAUGAUUGUUGCUUGUACAUCACGACUGCAGAGUUCUUGAGUAAAAGCACUGAAAGCUGUGUCACAUAGACUUCAAGCAUGUAAAAUUACAUUAGACCCUGUAAUGAAUAUGCGCAGCAGGAUAUGAUGUCAUGUUCUAGGGCUUGUGAUUUUAAUAAAUAAUAAAUAAUAAUGCAGUCUAGUGUGACUGCACCUAACUUCGAAAUGGUUUCAUAUAAACCCAAGCAAGCCAUUUCGCUAAUGUUGCCAAUUUUUCACCUGCUUGAUGUUGGAACUCAAAGUUAAUAGUAAUGCGAAGGGAAUGCUGAAUAAUGAAAUAUUUGUUUCACAAAAAUAUUGUCCGUACAUAUGUCAAAUGAAUACAAUUUAUCAGUGAACAUGACACACUGAGCAAUCCAAGACUUUCAGUUGUGUCCUGAAAUGACAAAAAUCUCUUGCAUUUUAGUGUUAUGUAGGGUUAAUAAUUAUACUAAAUGUAAACAUCUAGUACAAAAUAAUAUAAAAAAUGUAUAUUAUAUAAUAUAUAAUAUUAUAUAAUUAAAAAAAGAUAUAUUAUACUCAAAAAAAAAUUGAAAAUAUGAAAUAAUGGCCAGUUUAUCAACCUUGUUGGUACGUAAAUCUGCCACUGAUGUCUAUACUUUCUCAUAGUCUCCCUUUUUCAGACACAAUUGUGCCCUACAAUAAAAAAAAAUGUACAAAAAAAUUUUUUUUUUACGAUCACAGCAAAAUAGUGGCAAAAAUAGUCUGGCUUAAAGGGAUAGUUCACCCAAAUGAAAUUUGUCAUCAUUUACUCACCCUCAAGUUGCUCCAAACCUGUAUGAUAUUUUGAAGUACAGUAUGUUGGUAGCCAUUGACUUCCAUAGUAUAAGAUAGUAUUUGUUUCCAUAAUAUGGAAGUCAUUAGCUACCAGCAAAAUAUCUUCAUUUGUCUUCAACAAAAGAAAGAAAUUGAUAAGGUUUGGAAUAACUGGAGGCUGAGUAAAUAAAUGAUGACAGAAUUUUCAUUUUUGGGUGAAAUAUCCCUUUAAGACUAGAAGAAAGAAGCAGUAGCUAAUGGACAGAAGAUCAAUUGAAGAUGGAAUUAGAAAGUUAUCUAUUAGAAAAGUUAUCAGAGACUCAAUAUUCCGCUAGAUUAACCUUCAUCCUCUGAUCGGGUCAUUUUGACCCGAAAUGGCUUUAUUUUUUUUUAACAAUUGAGUGUUCAGCUGAGUCACCUUAUAUUUAUUUUUACAUGAAUAUCUAUACUACACCUCAACAGUCCCUCUAAUUCAACGAACAAAGCAUCUUAUAACAUCACAAUGACUGGGAUCUUCUAAAACGGAACACUGGACGUCAUAAUGAUUUGAAUCUUCAGUUCAGUUGUUACAUUCAUUCUGCACUUUCGCUGCCUAGAGACAAUGGAGAUCCUCUUUUAGAAGCGUCAAUGUAAAAAUUCCACCGGAAAACACUCGCCGUCAUCUCCAUAUCUCCAACGGUCAAGCCACUGGGAUGUACGCAAAACAUAGUAGUGUACAGAGUAUGCUGAUAAAAGACAUCUCCGUCGAUGCUUGCAGUGGCUGAAUGGGUACCGUCAAAGUAACUCUUAAUACAAGUUUAUUAGAAGAGCAAAUGAUUUAGGUGUCAACUUUACUACGGUGCAAAACUGAAGUGUGUUAACGUUCAUUCAAUGCAUCCAAUGACUUUACAAGUUCUCAUAACGAAACGCUAAAGUCAAAAUGUCACUGUACAGUUUCUCUCUGCAUUGUGUAAACCUGUCUGGGGCGUCUUGAUCUAGAACAAUUAAGAGCUGCGCAGUGAUUGGUUCUUUAUAAACUCAUUAGCUGGUUAGUCCACUCAUUAUGUGUGGAGCUGAAAGCUGAUUGGUCCCUGACAGAUUCACAAUAAAAAUGUUGUUUACUCGUAGAGCACUCAGGAUUGUGUGUAUAUGUACGUUAAGGGGAUUCCAAGCGUUUUUAUGUCGCCAGCUCAUCUGUCCGGUCCGUAGAUGUUUGUGUAAAGCUGUGUGGUGUGUGGUGUGUGUACUGUGUUCUCCUGCUAUACUUCUGGGCUGGACUUUUGUCUGUGGUCUAGUCAAUCGAAAUGCAUGAUGGAGUACAUAUUGGCAGAUCUAUAACGGCAUGCUUUGACUCUGAAGACAUGCAUGAAUUUGAAGUUUACAGUGUUUGUUACUAAAAGGGACAACAAUGAUGGCUGCCUACGUCAGAUCUCUUUUAGAAUAUUUUGGUGAGAGAUCAAUACUUAAAGGAAUUGUUCACCCAAAAAUGAACAUAUUGAGAAAAUGUGCUCACCCUCAGGCCAUCCAAGAUGUAGAUGAGGCUGUUUCUUCAUCAGAUUUGGAGAAAUGUAGCAUUCCAUCACUUGCUCAGCAAUGGAUCCUCUGCAGUGAUUGGGUGCCGUCAGAAUGAGAGUCCGAACAGCUGAUAAAAACAUCACAAUAAUCCAUCAGUUAAGCAAUGGUGAAAACAAUGGAUUUGUUUCUUACAAACACUCACUGAAGUGGUGUGGAUUCUGACGGCACCCAUUCACUGCAGAGGGUUCAUUGGUGAGCAAGUGAUGUGAUGCUACAUUACUCCAAAUCUGUUCUCAUGAACAAACAAAUUAAUCUAUGUAUUAGAUGACCUGAGUAAAUACUCAGCAAAUAUUCAUUUUUGGGUGAACUGUUCCUUUAAUUAACAACAUUUAAUUUAUUUAAGAGCAGAUCAAGAUGUCUUCUUUUCAAGAAUGUCUUGUGGUUAAAAAAAAAAAAAAAAAAAAAAUGGCACCAUUGAUCUGUAUUUUCUCAUGCUUUGCCUCACAUAUUUUUCACAUUGAACAAUGUUCACACCUUUGUUUACAGUUCAGCAGAGAGAACUAUGCUCUCUGACAUAGAUGUUGUGCUAAUGAUAAAGCAUAAAAUCUUGUUUUAUACAUGCUCAACAUCAGCAUCAACUUAAACUGGCUUAAACAGACUGUUAAUCACUAGGUAGAAGACUCAUCAAUAGAAAAUUGGAGGAAAUGUUUCUUGUCUUAAACAGAGAUUUUCAUAUUUGAUAUCUGAAACCCUGAAGUACGGGGUCAAUCCUAGAUUAGCAGAAACCUAAAUCUGUUUUGUUCCCAAUUAUUGCCUUAAGAGACUUAUCAAUUAUUUAAUAUUUAACUAAUAACAUUUCAUAAUUGUAUCUGUAUUGUGUUACAUGUUAGUGUAUUUAUGUUUUCUCUGAGUACAACAGAAACCAAAUUGAUUGAGACAAAGUGUGCAAUAUGCGAACCUACCCUGAGCGACCGGCGUCGCAGUAAACCCAUCAGUGAUACUUGGUGCCUAUCCCGACCCCGUCACUUGCUUCAAGGUUUUCUUUAGUGCAUGUAGGCUUUUUCUUCUUAACGCUACAAAGAGAAAGUGCAAUAAAUCUGACAAAUGACAAGAAGAGUCAUAGAGAUUUUCUGAAAGUUGAUGUUUAGUUUUAUCAUCGCUGAUCUUAUGUUUCUUUGGCAUCAAGUCUGGAGAAUCUGUAGAAAUCACACAUUGCCCUGAAUGUCAGAUGUUUACUCUUUUUACGACUCUGUUAAUGUCGAAAGCUUUGUAAAACUUUUUGGAAUACGACUUUGUGACAUUUUCAGUAGGUGAUUUUUCUAUUUCCAAGUGUACUCAAAUUGAUAGGAGCCUCAGUAGUUAUUGAUGUAAUAGUUUUUGAUAACUAUUUCCAAGAUGUUUAGAUAUUCUCAGUUGGGUUGCAUCGUAUGUUGUUGAUAAUUCAGACUCCACUUGCAGUGUUUAUUAAUGCAGCGAAUUCAUCUCUAUGCUGCAUCCUCAAAUCUAUCUAUCUAUCUAUCUAUAAUUUGUUUUUCUAAUGAAUUACAAGUAAUAUGUCUCUGUAAAACAGUAUCUUGUGCACUGGGCCAAAGGCUAUUUUUAUUUAUUAAUUUAUUUCCAUUUAAGGAAUUUAACUCAUGAGUGAAAUACACUGUAGUUGUGACUGUCUCGUCUGUUGACCGUGUGGAGGGCAUGUUCAUUGAGUAAAAGGCCAUCUUGGCUUUUUCCAACACACAUCUUCAUGUGUUCUGGUGAUGAUGUUGCAUUUCUGAUGUCCGCCAGCGGCUGGACUGUGUUCAUUACUGUAAAUGUGAAGUUGUAUAUGUGCCUACAAAAUGCAUGAAGUACCUGUUUGUACGCAUGAGCUGUUAUCAGUGUCAAAGUUUACAUUUAAAUCCCAUCAUUCGUUUCUUAUUUUGCAUUUUUUUUAUUUUACUCGCAGGUAUUUUUUUUUCACCCAACUCAUUAGAGAUAUUAUAGAAACAUUUUAGAAUAGAAGUGGGGAAGACAACCCAUUGACAAACAGUUUGUUACAUCUUAAUUUCUGCCUAGAGAAAUGUGAAAAAGAGUUACUAAUUUCCAUGUUAUGAAUCUCUGUCUUGUUGUCCUCACAGUUUUGUAUGUUGUCUGUCUUGCUCCCUGCCUCGUUUUUGUGCACUUCUAUCUGUGGUCAUUCUCUUCUGCCUGUUAAAUUACUUUAAUAAUGACUGAAAAUGUCAGUAAUGAUGUGACAUUAAUAUAUAAAAUACUGUAAUAAUUCACUAGAAAGUAAUAUUUAAGGUUUUUGUUUGUUUUUUGUUGUUUUUGUUCAUUUUUUUAUGGAAGUAGCAUAAAAAGUCAAGACAAAACUAAAGGCGGAGGAGAUUUGUUUUGAAGAACAUGGCAUGAUGUGUACUGUGUCCCAAGAAGAAGAAAAAAAAAAUGUAGCUGUUAGAGCUCAAGCAGACCUUAUUGAAUAUAGUUUAUUUAUUUUAAACAUU